AUGCUAGUUUGUUCAAGCCAGGAUGAUCUGCCAGAGAUAGACACGCCUUUGGGUAGAGUUAGGGGAUUUUGGAAGACUGUAGAUGACAGGAAAUAUGCUGCUUUUGAGGGAAUCCCGUACGCAGAACCACCGUUAGAAGAUCUGAGGUUCGAGGAACCUGAACCCAUACCGGCCUGGUCAGAAAUCUGGGAGGCAAACACUCUUCACACGUGUUCUCAACCUCAGUUUAGUGUUACUGAUAUAUCUGGUCAGUAUAAAGUAAUAGGAGAAGAAGAUUGCCUCUACUUAAACGUGUACACACCUGAAGAUUUCGCGAAGAACCCGAAAGCACUCGAUGUGAUAGUGUCAAUCCAUGGUGGUGCUUUUAUAAUAGGUAGUGGAUCUACCGGUUUCAAUACGUCCCUAGAGGAGGAUACCGUGUUUGUAACUUUAAAUUACCGUCUUGGUAUUCUAGGAUUCCUCAGCACUGAAGACGACGUCAUACCCGGCAACAACGGAAUGAAAGACCAAGUCUUGGCACUCAAGUGGGUAAGGGACAAUAUCGCUUCGUUCGGGGGAAACCCCCACUCCGUCACCAUAGUAGGAGCGUCAGCGGGAGGCGCCAGCGUCCACCUCCACUACUUCUCUCCCCUCUCUAAAGGUUUAUUCAUCAGAGGGAUGUCUCAAAGCGGUACAGCUCUAGCACCGUGGGUAACGAAGAAAAAUGCUUUGCAACGUGCUAGGAAGCUUGCUGUGUUGGUGGGCUGUCCUGACAGCCCCUUAGAAGAACUGAAGAAGUGCCUUAAGCAGAGACCUGCAGAAGAUUUAUUAAAUCAGUUGAAAUAUUUCUUUGGUUUCAAUCUCAUGCCAAUUGCACCUUUUGCACCAGUGCACAGUGGUCGGAAAUCCGAAAAAGCUGGACAAAAGUCGAAAAAAGUCGCUAAAACCGAAUUUGCAGUCAAAAAUCUCAAGUUCAAGAUGGCUGACACAAAAUGGCCGAUAUAUCACGUUAAUUUAUUGAAUCUAAUUGAAAUUUCGAGUGCCUCUGGUAUUGAGGUCGCGUAA